AUGACAUCGAAUAUCGCCGAGUCUUUGAAUGCAGCAAUCAAGGCAGCUAGGGAAUUACCAAUAACAACGCUCCUGGAAAGUUUGAGACGUUUGAUGCAAGAAUGGAGUUAUGCUAACAGAAAUAUCAUCUUUAAGAAUGAAGGUAAAUUUUCAAUUACUGCUUCAACAUCUGUUAGAGGUUUGCACAGUGUGGAAGAUGGUGAUAAAACCUUUAUAGUAAAACUUAAUGAAAGAACAUGCACAUGCUGCAGAUUUCAAUUGGAUGAAAUGCCAUGUCCACAUGCUAUUGCUAUAUUGAGCAAACUACACCAAGAACUAUAUCAAUACUGCUCAGACUUUUUCACUAAAGAAAAUAUGCUUGCCACAUAUGAAGGAGUUGUCUAUCCAAUGCCUAGCCAAAAUAAUUGGGAUUUACCUGCCAAUGUUGAAAGUAUGGAAGUUCUUCCGCCAAUAGGAGCAAUUCCAGCAGGAAGACCAAAGAAAAGAAGAAUCACAAGACCAAAUGAAAUAAAGAAGACAAAUCAGUGUGGAAGAUGCAAACAAAGAGGACAUAAUAAGAAGACAUGUAAAAAUAUACCAAAAUAA